CGGAUAUUAUUUCCUGAAUACAAAAAGCUAAUGAUAAAAAAUUAUAAGAGCUGAUUACAAUACAAACAAAAGGUAUAAAAUAUUCAAUUCAAGUUGACUCGAUGGUUUGGUAGAGAAAAUUCAUUCGAUAUUGUGAGCAGCAAAUUCAAAGUUUGGAAUCGUUUUUUUUUUUUAGUUUUUAAAACUGUUUUGUGUGAAAUUCUAAUAAACUUGAAAUUUGUUCGUUAAAAAUGAAUUUUCCAGAAGAAAUGGAAGUUGGAGAUUUAAUUCAUAAUAUAAAUCCAGACAAAGAGCUCUCGGUUGAAGGAAACUUAAUCUUUCAUGGACGUCUUAAGAAUACAGUUAGUAAAGACUUGAUAAUAAAGAAAAUUAAAAAAUCAGAAUAUUCAAAAUAUCAAGAAAGAAUCGACCGAGAAGUUAAAGCAACAAUCGAAAGUUUAAAAUUGAAAAAUGUACUAAAUAUUGAGAAAAUUGUGGAAUCAAAUAAUGGCGAAUAUUGUUAUAUCGCUUACGAGCAUUUUACAGGCACACUUGCCACAUCUAUCAAAGCAAGCUUACCAAUCAAGCUGAUUCUAUUCACUGCAACUGAAGGCUUAAUGCAUUUACAUGAUAAAUGUUUUAUUCAUCGAAAUAUUUGUCCUGGAAAUAUUGUAAUUUGUGAAGAAGAUCAGCAACUUGUUGGAAAAAUUACUGAUUUAUCCUUUUCAAAAUGCCUGUCUGAUGACAAACAAGCUUCAAUUAGUCAUGACUUUUCUGAAAACUCAUAUUCAGCACCUGAAUUAAUUAAACUUUAUGAUUCUAAUCGUGAAUUUACUGGAAAAGUUGGAGAUCGAGUCGAUGUGUUCAGCAUGGGAAUUGUGUACUUUAACGCAUUGACUGAAUUUAAUCUUUUCGAACGAGAUGGAAAAAGUGUUGAAAAAAAUAUCUUGAAUGAUGAUUUUCAGCCGAUUUAUAAAACACUAAAUAAGAGUAAGUUCUUAAAAAACUAUGAAGUUCCACUAGCUGAGCAACUUAUUAAAUCAAUGGUCCAAUAUGAUCCUAACCUUCGUCCAACCAUUAAACAAGUUCUUAAUCAUCCAUUUUUCUGGAGUGAUAAUCAAAAAGAAUAUUUCUUGUUUGUAGCAAGUCAGUUUAUUCAAGGCAUUCCAAAAAUUAAACAAAAAUUUAAUUUUAAACAUCCAGGAUUUAAUGAUGACGGUCAAACUACAUGGGUUGAGGCUCUCGAUGAUGAAGUGAAGAAAAUUGUUGAAACGAAGAGAGGUAAAAGUUUUAAACCAUACAAAAAUGAAGCUUCGGAGCUGUUGCGAUGUUUAAGAAAUAUUCCGGCUCACAUAAAUGAACAAGGAAACAAAAAAGUCAGAAAUAUUUUUGAAAAACAUAACGGAUAUUUUAAAUAUUUCUCAACUGAAUUCCCAUCGUUUUUCAUCUACUGCUAUGAUUUUUUUAAAGAUCCAGAUUACUCAGCUUAUGAUACAUUGAGGAAAUUCUACUGUGACUGUUACUUACCUGAUAGAUACACAGCUCACAAGUGUAAUAAGAUGGAUAUGUUUAAUAAUUGUAAAUGGUUGUGUGCAACUUGAAUGAUUUCUUUAAAUAAAAGCAACUUUAAACUUAUUAAAAA